GCUGAGCUCCAGACGGAUAUCCACGAGCUGACCCAGGAGUUGGAUGGUGCCGGCAUCCCGUUCCUGGACUACCGUACUUACGCCAUGAGGGUCCUGUUCCCGGGCAUAGAGGACCACCCCGUGCUCAAAGAGAUGGAGGUACGGGUGCAGGCCAACGUAGAGAAGGCUCUGACGCUGUUCGGACAGCUGCUCACCAAGAAGCACUUCCUGCUGACCUUCAUACGAACCCUGGAGGCCCAGAGGUCUUUCUCCAUGCGGGACCGGGGUAACGUGGCGUCCCUGAUCAUGACCGCCCUGCAGGGGGAGCUAGAGUACGCCACUGGGGUCCUGAAGCAGCUCCUUUCGGACCUCAUCGACAAGAACCUGGACAGCAAGAACCACCCCAAGCUGCUGCUCCGCAGGACGGAGUCUGUGGCGGAGAAGAUGCUCACCAACUGGUUCACCUUCCUGCUCUUCAAGUUCCUCAAGGAGUGUGCGGGGGAGCCUCUCUUCAUGCUGUACUGUGCCAUGAAGCAGCAGAUGGAGAAGGGCCCCAUCGACGCCAUCACCGGGGAGGCACGCUACUCGCUGAGCGAGGACAAGCUCAUCAGACAGCAGAUAGACUACAAGACACUGACACUGCACUGCGUGAACCCCGAGAACGAGAACGGGCUGGAGGUGACGGUCAAGUGUCUGAACUGCGACACGGUGAUGCAGGUGAAGGAGAAGCUCCUGGACGCGGUGUACAAGGGCAGCCCGUACUCCCAGAGGCCCAAGGCCGCCGACAUGGACCUGGAGUGGCGUCAGGGCCGGUUAGCCCGAAUCAUCCUGCAGGACGAGGAUGUGACCACCAAGAUCGACAACGACUGGAAAAGACUCAACACCUUGGCCCACUACCAGGUGACAGACGGUUCGGUUAUAGCCCUGGUGCCCAAGCAGAACUCCGCCUACAACAUCUCCAACUCCUCCACCUUCACCAAGAGCUUGAGCAGAUACGAGAGCAUGCUCAGGACGGCCAGCAGCCCAGACAGCCUGCGGUCUCGCACGCCCAUGAUCACCCCCGACCUGGAGAGCGGCACCAAGCUGUGGCACCUGGUGAAGAACCACGACCAGGCGGACCAGCGCGAGGGCGACCGCGGCAGCAAGAUGGUGUCCGAGAUCUACCUCACCCGGCUGCUGGCCACCAAGGGCACGCUGCAGAAGUUUGUGGACGACCUGUUUGAGACCAUCUUCAGCACGGCCCACCGGGGCAGCGCUCUGCCGCUGGCCAUCAAGUACAUGUUCGACUUCCUGGACGAGCAGGCGGACAAGCACUCCAUCACCGACUACGACGUCAGGCACACCUGGAAGAGCAACUGUCUGCCCCUGAGGUUCUGGGUGAACGUCAUCAAGAACCCCCACUUUGUGUUCGACAUCCACAAGAACAGCAUCACGGACGCCUGCCUCUCGGUGGUGGCCCAGACCUUCAUGGACUCCUGCUCCACCUCCGAGCACAAGCUGGGCAAGGACUCGCCCUCCAACAAGCUGCUCUACGCCAAGGACAUCCCCAACUACAAGAGCUGGGUGGAGAGGUACUACUCCGACAUCUCCCGCAUGCCGGCCAUCAGCGACCAGGACAUGAGUGCCUACUUGGCGGAGCAGUCACGCAUCCACCUCAGCCAGUUCAACAGCAUGUCCGCCCUGCACGAGAUCUACACCUACAUCGCCAAGUACAAGGACGAGAUCCUGACAGCCUUACAGAAGGACGACCAGUGCCGCAGGCAGCGGCUACGCAGCAAGCUGGAGCAGGUCAUCGACACCAUGGCCCAGGCUAGCUGAGGACCGGCCCCGGCCACGCACACUUGGCGCUAACUGAGCUAGCUAACCAGCUAACCGAGCUAGCCGACCCGAGCUAGCUGAGCUAGCUAACCAGCUAACCGAGCUAGCUGACCGUGCUAACCAAGCUAGCUGAGGACUUGCCACUCAAAAACACACAAAAAAAAACACGCAGCUGGCUAGCGGACGCCUAGCCACUUACACACGCCUUCUUUUCCUACCCACCACCGGUGAUACGAUGAACUUUGAACCUGUGAACUCUGACCUUGGGACACGAGACUAAGUGACUAAGUAACAGAGCGAGAGGCGGGCACCGCAAGGACCCACACCAGUGGCGGCGGCGGCACACUGUAGAGACCGGCGGCCGCCGUCGGUUUGUAGCCGCGGCGCCGCGGGCAGUGGGGACGUUUCUCUGAGCCACUAAAACCAGCCCUUCCAACCAAAUCACGCGCAACUCCCGCCUCGGUCAGCACCGCCGCCGCCCUCAGGAGACUCUUUGAUUUCAUUUAAAGCCCCCCCAAAUAACACAGAGUAGCCGGCUCUUGGCUCGAGGAUAGCUUCGGACCGUAGCGGCGGCGUUAGCUUGCUAAAGACGGAGCCGACACUGAAACAGAGGUACGUCUACAGCAGGUGUUCCAACUGAAAUAGCUAGCCGAGGUAGCUAGCUGUCCAUAUCUUAGUUAUAGCUGUGCUGCUACGGCAAAGAUAAAAAAAUAAAGAGAAUAAAAGCGGUACCUUUCCCUUUACCUUUAGCUCCCCGUUAGGUAAAGGUUUGUAGAGACUGUAAGGCAGCUGUCUGCAAUCGGAAACCCGGAGCAAAAACUAAACGAAAGGCAAAACGGGAGAGCGAGGAGUCUGAAAUUCUUCAAAGAAACAUUCCUCCUGUUUCAUCUGUGAAUACAUCAGGACAUUGGGAAAUGGGGCACACUUAUUCUGACUGUGUGUCGGAAUAGAUUGACGUCACAUUUGGUUUCUUGGUUCUGUUUGGUUGUUUUUUUAAACUGCCUACUCUUCACACGUGCUUCGUCACCUGUGUUACUGCUGAAUUUGCACAAUUUACGACAAAGCUUAUCAAAAAAAAGGAUAUAUGAUAAAAGAUAUAUAUAGUUAUAUGAAAUGUCAACUUUGUUUUUAAACGGCGAAGUGAAAAAAAAGUUUUCCAUUUUAGUGUACAAAAAGAUAUCUUUGAGAAUUUGAUAUUUCGAUCGUUUGAAUAAUCGAAGAACACGCAAGGAAGAGAUUGUCCUGUGCCAUGUUUUAUUUGAAUGUUGUUUGGUGCAAAUACUUUUUCUUUCUCAAGGAUGAUGAACUUUUUCCAUGCUGACCGAGAGUGAGAGUAUACAAACAGGCAACACAUUGUACAUAUAUAUCAGUCCAAAAACGUUAUUUCUCAUUGUCUUACAAUGGAUCAAUAGGUAAAACAUACCAACUGGACCUGUUCCAAAAUAUAUAUUAUGUUGUUUGUUUAUCGCAAAAAAAAAACAUGGUUCUUCCCAUUCCUUUGAAACCUCCAUUGAGGCUAGCCUGGACCGCUAACAGCGAUAGAGGCUAGCCUCCAUAGCUAAUAGCUAUACCGUCUGACCCAUAGAAAGAACGCCUCUUUUCACUCCCACACCACAAACACAUCCCAAAAGAUCCUUUGUUAUUCUAUCAAGGGCUCAUCUCUUUCUGAGAGGACACUUCUCAAGUGUGCAAUCCAGGAGUCCAGGCCUCUGUAGGGGGAAAAAAGGAGGUAAACAGUGUUUUCGGGCAAUUUUCUUUUCUUUUUUCACUAGACUGGCACAGCUAUUGGAAAGAUGGAUAGGAGAAAAGUUUGACGGCCUGUGGAAUGUGACAAGAUAAUGAAACGUAGCUCAGUCUUUUGUGUUCUUUGUGAAGGACUUGAAGGCCUUCUGCUCUUAUUUUUGUGAAUAUGUGAAAAACGUGUAUUUCUUUCAGAUUGUGCUGCGUUUAGUCAUUGAUUUCACGUAUUUUUUUUAUAAUAAUGUGUUGAAAGUGUAUUUAGGAUAGGCACACUUGAGAAUGAAUCCUGGUUCGUGUACGAUAGCGACAUGCAAAGCCCUAGCAACCCCUUUACCCACCGGCUAGCUCACAGAUUGCCUCAAUUGAUCAUGAUAAGCUACGAAGAGAUUUAUGUAAAACAAACACGUCGUUUUGACAUAGCCUUGGUCAAUUACAAAGACAGUACAGAUAUUUAUUGAAGAUAUGUUUGAAUACAGAGUGAUUUCAUCGGUCAGUUUUAUUCAACUCAACAAACCGACAGUGUUAGUCAUCCAAAUUAUAAAAAUGGACCGCCGAUAUUAAACUGAAUUUAAAUCUGGAAUGUGAUGAUAUAGCUGAAUGAUGUUGUCAUAACCUUUAAAAAUGCCUACAAACUAAUUGUAGUUCUACAGGGUAAAACGUUCCAGACUUAAGGCCCAGCUCUUAAACCACUACAUGUUGACGUCUUGAAGGAUGUCACUAAGUCCUUUAAGACCAUACAUUUCCAAAUGUUGGUCUGGUUUUUGCAAACGUACCAACCAAGCACAACUCACAGGUCCUGAUUAUGUUCCUCAACAAACACACAACUGUCACGAAUCACAGUUUACACAGUGGGUGUUACCAUCGGGAGGGCGGAGUUACGAGUUCAUGUACACAUUCACGACUAGCCCAUCGUGAAUCCAACAACUAUAACUUACACAUUUCUGCAUUCCCGCUAGAGCGCUGCGGUUCUUUUUCCCAGAUGGUGCGUGACUCCAUCUCUCAGGCUUCCCUUCUCGCUGUCAGUUAGAUUUCGUUAUCUUAUGUUUACAACCGCAAUGUCCUCCUUGUCGCCCAGAUAAAUCUCCUGAGCUCGGGGUUCCAGGCGGUGGUGUAGGGGUUUAGUAGUUAGCCAGGCGACAUUUCCCGGACCUACCGAUUCCGAAAACCAAACCAAUCUUCCGUCACAGUAGGCAGCAUAAAUAAAUAUUUUGUUUGGCUAUUUUAAUAUUCCUACAUAUAUGUCUUAUCAUUAUGAUUGUCCUCCUUCUAUUAAGAGGGCAAAGUGAUCCUGCUUGCUCUUUCAUUUAGAAGGAAAAGGUUUUUUCCAGAGCUCUUUCUAAAACAGGCAGCAGAGUUUGUUUUCAUGUUUUCUUUUUCCACCUUUGCAGACGUGCGUGCUUGAAGCGUGCUGUACGUAAUUAAAUACUUGAUCGAAGAAACUCUUAAAUACCACUGAUUUGCACAGGGUAGAUAAAAAAACACUCAACAUAGCUGACCAAAGGUUAAUUUCACUCCUUGAAAAACAAAAACCGAAUGUGAAUAAUUUUCUUCCAUCGACGCCUGAACUUCCAUAGCUUCCUGUUCAAUGUAACGAAAAGGUUUUAACGAGCUGUUUGUUGUAUCUUUUGGUUUGUUCAUAUCCUCUCAUCAAUGGCGUUUGUUUUACUGUCUUAAAGUAGUCAAGUAGGUAGCCUUAAAAAAAAAAAUGACAAAAAGGAGAACGCUGCUUCUGCGUUUAAGCUCAAGAGUUCAAGUCUGUAAACAGAAGGCUGAAGGUUCGAGCGUUUUGCGAUUUUCGGCGAGCAUUGAUGUUCUAUUAUUAUACAUUCUUAUUGUUUUAUUGAAUUCUUUGUAAAAAAAAAAAAAAAGAAAAGCAAAAAAGAUUUGAUGAUGAAGAAAUUGAAGUGAAAAAUACUGAUUCUGGAAGGCUGUGUAUUCAGGGUAAACACCAGGAGCUGAGCGCUAGGCUAGUUAGCGCCAGGCUAGUUAGCGCUAGGCUAAAUUAGCUCUAGACGAGUGCUUAACUAGCCCGCCGGUCCUCUUUAGCUCCCCGCUCCUCUCUGCUUUCUCUUGGUUGUUUGAGGCUCCGCCUCGCCCCCUGUGAGCGGAGAUAAAAGGAGCCCAGCUCCCGGGCGACGGAGCAGUGAGGGGCGGUUAGGAGCUCGCUCCUCAUUCUCCAUUCUGUAACAUCGCCGGCCUCUCGAGCCGACGAGAUGAAGAUGCAGCAGGAGACGGGA